UUUGAUGGUUUCAAAGGUCGUACGCAGAUGUAAUAUUUCGAGGUUUUAGUUUCAAUAUAAGCUGAUUUUCGUUCUUAAAAGUGUUUUAUUUAUUGCAUAAAGUGGCCGUGCCAAGUCUAAAUAUAGAGUUUUAUAGUUCUGUGAAAUCAGUAUACAAGCCAUGCAAUAGAAGUCUUUAGUAGUAACAAGGGUGUUGUACGUUUUGAAAAUCGUAGAUUAUUAGCUAGAGUUUCGAGGUCACAAUGGAUCCCAAACAGAUAACUGCGUUGGCAAAGCUCCUCAAGGAAAGUGGCGAUAAAGUGUUGAACUGCGAGUAUAAGUUGUCUUUAUCAGGAUCUUUGCUGCGUGCAUUGAAUGACGCAUUCAGUUUGAUAGUGGAUAAAAAUGAGAUUCUUCCGCCGCAAAGCUUUCAGGUCGUAAAACCUCACAAUGCCAAAUCGGACGUGUUUCGGGACAUUCAGUUUAUCUAUGAUUUUGUACAGAAAACGAUAAUUUUAAGCCUGAAUCAAUUUAUCAACGAUGAUCCAUACGAAUUCGAUGUUGACAUUAGCAAGUUUCGAAGUCUUAGAAAAUUGGAGAUACAGAAGAUUCCAAUUAGCCAGAUAAUGGGGAUUCAACAGAUGAGGUCCCAGCUCAGUGAAGUCAUAUGCAUCCGAAGUAUAUCACAUGUGAAAGAAAUAAUAACAUCUUGCGGUGGUGACAAUAGCAAUGGAUUUACGUGGAACGAGCUUAAAGCUGCCAAUUUUUCUUACAACAUGCUGGACCAUAUCGAUAGCUCUCUAGAAUUUACACCCUGGCUAGAAAGUUUAAAUUUGAGUCAUAAUCAAAUUAUAAGUGUAUCGGCGAUUAAGUGGCUUCCGAAUUUGCGAGUGUUAAAGUUAAGCUACAAUCGGUUGACUCAUAUUCCGUCGUUUCACGUUGAUGCGAUGAAAAAGAUUCAAGUGUUUUAUAUAUCUAACAAUUUCAUAGAAGAUCUUUCUGGUGUUUCCCGUUUGUUGUGUCUGAGUGAGUUAGAUGUUUCCGGCAAUUGCAUCGUAGAUCACACGGCUUUGUUGCCUGUUAGCACACUAUCAUCGUUAUGUUUUCUGAACCUAAGAGACAAUCCACUCGCAUGCCACCCAAAACAUAGGCAAGCAACUGCCAGAUAUCUGAAUAAAAACACUUCCAGCUCCAAAUUUGUGCUCGAUGAUGAACCAUUAUCUAAAUACGAGAAAACGCUUACCGGUAACUACGACAGCUAUCAUGCUAUAUUGGCACCGAGACUUCCGGGUAGUGUCUCUUCCAGUGGUCUUAACACUCCUACCAGGAAAAGUGCUAUAAAUACACCAACUGGAAGCUUAUCGUCAAAAAGCAGUUUCCGUUUCGAUUCGAGAGAUGAAAUGAGCAGUUCAACCAUGAGUCAGAAGAAAAUCAAGGUGCGUCGUGCAAUCAUUUGCGAAGACGAUUCAAACGAAAAAAGUCAGCCACAGGUUCCCAAGGGGGAAACUAGUGCUUCGGAAAAUAGCUUAGAGACCAGUCGUGACCAUUUAGAAACGAAAAAGCAGAUCGAAAGUCUGCGUCGCCAGUACGGUAGCGAGUGGCUGCAGAGCCAAUCUGGUGACAUGCUGAAGAAUGUCAUCGGAAUCGAUCCUUCUACGGACAAAGAAUACGAAAGUGUACUACAUUACGAAAGUGAUAGUAAGAAGGGAAAUGUGUCUACUGAAUUCGCAUCGUCCAUCCCGAAAACGGCUCCGAUAGAAGCAGGAGUGACCAGCAAGCUAGACAACAGCAACGAUGAUAGCAUGAUGACGUCGACACCGGUAGAUCGAGAGUGUUCAAAACUGAUGGAAACAUGCGAAUCACCCAUCAAGUUUCAAACGGGUCGUCGUUCUGAUGGAGUUGCGAGCGAUACAGAAUUCAAAAGUGUCAUUCCCGACGAGGACUCCAACUAUCAAUCGGUGUCCGAUGUGACGGUUGGAAAUACAACGAACUCAUUGAAUUUGAACGAUAUCUAUCCAAAUGUUGUGCAAGAAGAGUCAGAAUCAGACGAGGAGGAAAAUGAAACAAGUUAUGUUGUUAACCGAAGGGGAAAUUCAAAGGAGAUCUGCCUCGUAGUUUCGGAAGCUAGCAUUCGGGAAAAAGAUGGUGAGAAAACCAAAACGCGAUGGGGCAUCACAACACUCGAGGCUUGCGAGCGCCCGACAUCUUCUAGUAUCACCCUGUUGUUCGAUACUAUCAAAAAGGACAAGAAAACGCGGACCUACGAAAUAGAUGAACAAAGCUGUCAGGAGUUGGAGCAGUUCUUGCGUGGUAUUCUCUCCAAACGGCCACUGUCGGAGAUGAACCAAAAGCUGUUUGAUUGUGUAGUUUGCAAGGCAAGGUUUUCUAGGGAAGUGACUUUCUCCAAAACCAUUGAUAAUUUGCAAUGCCCCGAGUGCAGUAAAGGAUUUUGCGUUGAAAUAACGGAAUCACCAGCGAAAUGGAUCCCAGCAGACAAUAGUAGGCGUGGCGGCAUAAAAACCGAAUAUACAGAUGCAACCGCGUCGGAAUUGGAAGGGCCAAUGCCAGGUCCAUCCGGAAUGGGCACUGUGUUGAAACAGAGCGGCUCUAAAACCAGUAUCGCUUUGCCGGAUGCAUGGAAGUCACCGGUGAAAAAUAAACCGAGAUCAACUGGUUCACUGAAUGAUUCUUCAUCAUGUUCUCGGAUUUCACAGCCGAGCAGUUCAUGUGACUCAAACCGAAGUGUAGCAGGCAGUACCAAUUCUGAAAGAGAUCGGGAUGUGGAUUUGCUUGGUAAUGAAAGCGACAUAGAAGUUCUCAGCAAUCCUAGUCAAAGCAGUAUCGAGGUACUGGAUCGAGGUUUCCAUCCAAGUAGGAAACACUCAGAAGAAAGGAAAAAUCUCCAAUUACCGGGUCUCGAAGCUUUAAACGACGAUAGUCUCAACAACAUAUCAGUUACGCUUACCAACCAAGAGACCUCAACUCAUGAUCUCAUAGCAAAAGUAGCUGAUAGUUUUAAUAAAAUCAUAAAAUUUGAAGAUGCAUCUUCUACCGACAAAGAAAACAGUUCAUCUCAAAAACCGAAUCCAGCGUUACUUUCCCAUAAAAAAUCGUUCCUUACCGCAGCCAAUCUUACCGAGAGCAGCUCUUCGGGCUCAGUGACGGACAGCGUUUGCACUGCUUACGAAUCGAUUCAAGAUCCAAAACAAAGCAGCGCUUCAGAUGAAACCAUUGAAAGUGACAAAUCAAAGCAGAAAUCACAACUGACACAACCAGGAGUUGAUUCACCGGCAUCGAAGUCCGAAAACUCCGUUAUUAGCACUGUGCUUGGUGGACUCUUCCAAUCGACCAACAUGUUGAUGUCCAAAGCGCCCAAACCGAGUAAAUCGGAUUCAACGCCCAAAUUAGCUUUCGAAUCUAUUAAAUACUCAUACACGGACUAUGCCAAAGUUGAUCACAGGUUAAAACUUUACCUCUACCAGAAUCUCUUUGAAGAUGCGAAUGAAACAUUGAAGUGGCUUGUUUCUUGUGUUAUCUUUGACGAAAAUCAACUGGAUAAGUGGCCCACUGGGUUUGAUGGUUUGUUCAUCAUGUCAACUACCAAAUUCUAUGUGAUGAAGAAGAUUGCUGCUGAAAACGAUGAACCAUCAACAUGGAUGAAGAAACAUCUUUCCGGUACGAUAGAUCGUGUUGGAAUAGCUCAAGUGCUUCCAUGGAAAAUUGGAAUGAAAUUCGUAAUCAGUGCAGUAGGGGGAAUUCACAUUAUUCUGCAGGACAUCUUAAGAACUGAUUGCCUUAUUCUAUUUUUUGCAGAUAAUCCUCUACCGGAGUACUGCACAGUUGAUUAUCAACCAUCGGAACUACUCACAAACAAGCUCAGCAAGGCGACUGGAGGCGAAAUCGUCAAAAUUCUGAUGGUCAUAAACUUUUGCGACGUGCUAUCAGAUGACGUGCUACAAAGUGUACAGUUGUGCACCUUAUUGUUAACAGAUAGUCAUCUCUAUCUAGCAGCGGAUAUCAAAUGGCUCAAUGAAAAUAGCAAAUAUCAAAUCGAAGCAAAAUUUACGCAGCUCAUGACAAAUCUAGUCGAGCUGGAAGACAUCCACAGUCUUUCCUGUCGUUUCAAUUUUAUGGAUGAACAGGAGGAUAAGUACGAAACAUGGCGAAUCGAUUUUGCCACAGUCACCGCCAAAGAAAGCGCCGUCUCGACAAUAUGUAACUCGUGGGAAAAAAUCUUUGGAGUGCCUUUGAUUAAUAGUACGAAUAAUAGCAACAGCAAUAAUAUUAAUAAUAACGAUAGUAGUUUGGCAUCUAAUAGCAGUCGCUUUAAUGAUAGCAAAAUCAUCAACAAUUACAACAAUUGAUGUAAGAAUUCACCGUCCUUGCUCUGUUUCACAUCAAUUGAAGUCAUCUUUCGUUGGAUAAGUUUUGGGAAUCAAUUGUAGAAUAAUUUGCGUGUUUAUAGUUUGUCACAUGUGUUUAAACAUAUAGAAAGUGAUAUUAGGUCUAUUAAAAAAAGUGUUUUACCAAUUAUUUGAUUAGUGUUAUCGAUUGUGUAGUAAGAUAUUUAUACCAAUUUUACUUCAACCCAAUAAUGUACUGUAUAAAAGAAGAAAUGUGAUCGUAAUAGACAGUCUCAAUAUAUUUAAAAAUGUAUUCAUUGGCUACCUGACCCGAAUAAAUUUUAAUAUCGAUGAAAC